AUGGCUUCCUCCAUGUACGAGGACUUGAAUUUGGUGUCGCUCUACAUCAAGGGCUGCCUGAUCGCGCUGGGGACGGUGGCCAGCCAGACGGCCUACAGCGUCUUUGCCUUCGACUGCCCCUGCUCCGCGGGGAGGAACUACCUCUACGGCCUGGCUGCCAUCGGCGUGCCAGCUCUGGUGCUCUUUCUCGUUGGUGUGAUGAUGAACAGGAGCACCUGGGACCUGGUGUCAGAGUGCCGGCUGAGAAGCUGCCGGAAGCUGUCGGGGGCGGCGGCGUUUGCGCUGGUGGGGACGAUCGUCGGGCAGGCGGUGGUCGCGCCGCUGACCUGGGUGGUCAUAUCCCUGCUGCAGGGUAAGGCGUACACGUGCGCCCUCAGCGAGUUCACGGACCCUCGGACGCUCGAGGGGUUCCCUGAUGGUCAGGGGUCAGAGGUUAUGGCAAGGUUCCCCUGCAAAGAAAGCGUUGCAGAAGAACUUCAAGGAUUCCUGGCGCCAGUGGAGCAACGUCUGAAGUAUGAAUCACAGCUGAUCGGCUGGCUGCUGGUGGCAGGAAUGGCUCUGAUGGUCUUCCUGCACUUGUGCCUGAAGCGCUGCAGCUCGCCGAUUGGCUACCUCCAGGAGAGCUACUGGUCCGAGUAUCGAUCCAGCGAGAAGACUCUGUUCCACGACACAGCAGCCGUGCACGCCCGCCUGCUAGCUGCUCAAAAUGUGAGGAGCUUCUUUGGCUUCGUGGCUUUGGGGAAGGAGGAAGAGGAGCAGCUGGCUGAGCAGAAGAAGCUCGCCCCCAUCUGCAGCACCAACUGGGACCGAGUGACGGGCGUCUACCUGUACAGGGAGAAGAAUGGGCUGCCGCUCUACAGCAGGCUCCACAAGUGGUCCACGUACGGGACUGACACAGAGAAGUGUGAGACUGGUCUUUUGAAGUCCAUCUGCAGAGAUUAG